AUGACAAUUAUUCUGGGGAUUGAGAAAGAAGAGACAGUGAGGGCUUGUUACUUACCAGAGCUGGCGGGUAGAAAACGAGAUUCUCUACCUCCUGAUGAUGGUGUUGAGGCUGCUGGGGCUGCUGAUGAUGGUGGGGCUGUUGGUGGUGCCAAGCCUGCUGGGGCUGUUGAUGGUGCCAAGGCUGCUGGGACUCCUGAGACUCCUGAUGAUGGUGUUGAGGCUGCUGGGGCUGCUGAUGAUGCUGGAGCUAUGGAUGAUGUCAAGGCUGCUGAGUUUGCUGAGGCUGUUGAUGAUGCUGGGGCUGUUGUUGGUGCUAAGGCUGCUGAAUCUGCUGAGACUCCUAAGACUCCUGAUGAUGCUGAGACUGUUGAUGCUGGGGCUGUUGAUGGUGCUGAGGCUGUUGAUGCAGCAGAGACUCCUCAUGACGCUGGGGCUGUUGAUGGUGCCGAAGAUGCUGAGGUUGCUGGGGUCCAUUGUACUGCUCCUCUUGGAGCACUCUCGCUGGAGUAA